AUGCGCAGCAGCUGUUCGUACGAAUCAGCUGGUCUAUCUGUAUCCGCUCCUCUCCCUCCUCUCAUUCCUUCCCUCCUCUCAUUCCCUCCCUCCUCUCCCAUCCUCCCCGUUUCUCCUCUCUCUCCCCCUCGCCUCCCUCGUGUGCCGCCGCCUUCCAGUGUAUACUUCCGCUGCUCCAGCCAGGCUCUCGCCUCGCUGCACCACUGUCCACCGCACACGCUGUUCCUCGAGGCAGGCGCGUUCCUGGGGAAUGUCAGAGAAGAGGAGGAGGAUGGGGGCGGGGGCGCGUGCAUUCCCGAGGAUGAGUUUCGGCUGGCAGCACACCUGAGGAAAGUCGGAGCAAGUAAUCACGUCCAAGGCUGGGCGGGUUUCUCUGUCGAGGGUCAGGGUGAUGUGGCCUCCGCGUAUCCGUCCGGCGGCCACAGGGGGGUUUCGCUGAGGGAACUCGGAGCGAGCUCCCCUGGCGAAGUCCCGGCGGGUUUCCCUGUCGAGGGAAAGCAGGAUGACGCGGGCUCCGCGUAUCCGUCCGGCGGCCACAGGGGGGUUUCGCUGAGGGAGGUGGCAGGCGUGAGCCGGGCAGUGGGCCUUCUCAAAUCAGAACCAGUAGCAGCAGCAGCCGGGGCAGGAGGGGAAAAAUUAGCGGGGGGGGACGGAGGAGACGAAGGAGCAGGAGGAACGGGAGAGGCUGUAGGCGCAAUGAGGAGCCAGCUGGAGGUGAACCAGCGGACAGGAGGAAGCGGAGGAACCGGAGGUUCAUCGCAGGCUGCCCCGUCUUCCCCCACGUCCUCCUCCGCUCCCCCCCCUGACCCGCAAGCCCUGGCGGAGCUGAACGCGCUGCUGGCCUUCAAGGCGUCCGUCAUCGUGUUUAAUGAUCUCCUUGCCUCAUGGACCCUUCCUCUGCGCCUGGCGCUUCGUCACCUGCUCCCCCGCCCGCCCUGGUGGGGCGCGGAGGGUGGUGGGGCUGAGUAUGACCUGGUUCGGCCCGGACCUGGACCAGAGGCCCGUGCUGAUGCUCACCCGGAGGUCCGUUCUGGAGGAGAAUUGGGACGGAUCAGUUCCCCCAGUUCCCCCAGUCUCCCGCUCAUCCCCCUGCAGUUCUCCGCCCUCACAGCCCUCACCAACCUCUCUCUCUCCAGCAAUCGCGACUACCGCGAAAUGGCUGGGCUCAUAGGCGCCUUUCCCACCCACCUCACCGCCUGCUCCUCCCUCCAAGUCCUCUCCCUCACAGGCCACCGGCUACUCGGUUCCCUCCCAGACUCUAUCUCUCUCUUCUCCUCCCUUAGGCACUUACAGAUUACACUCCAAUCCCUCAACGUCUCCCACAACUCCCUUACAGGCACGCUCGAUACUAUCACCACCCAGCUUCGCCCCUCCCCCAUUUUCACCCUCGGCCUCGCCGAAAACCUCCUGGAAGGUCCCGUUCCGGCCGCCAUCGGAAACCUGACGACAGCACGGGCUAUCGACGUGUCAGACAAUCGCCUCUUGGGCUCCCUCCCGCUGACACUUAGCCAGCUGCAGGUGCUCCGCUCGCUAAGUGUCAGCGGGAAUAACCUCUCAUCUUUCCUCCCAGAAGAACUCAGCGCCCUCUCCCUUCUCACCUCUCUGGACGUUAGCAGGAACGAUUUCAACGGCCCGAUUCCUCCGCAGUUAGCCCCUCCGUUCCUCCCCCGCCUCCUCUACUUGAACCUCUCUCAUAACCACUUCUUUGGUGCUAUCCCCUACGGAUUUUCCAACACUAAUACCUCUGCUACAGCCCUUGAUUUCUCCUACAACGAUCUCCUAGGUCAAAUUCCCUUUAACACCACCGGCACCGGCACUCCCCUGUCUGCAUCCGCGUUACAAGGCAACCUGGGACUGUGCGGAGGGUUCGGGUAUGCCUCCUGCCCAGUGGCACCCUAUGAGAGCACAGGGGGGUUCUCUCCCGGAGCGAUUGCAGGGAUUGCACUGGGCUGUGCGGCGUUUGUGGCGGCGCUGCUGGUGCUGCUGGUGCUGCUGUGGCUGUGGCUGUUUGCGCGGCGCCGGGGGCCGAGCCUGGACGGGGGGACCAUGCUGGUGUUUGAGAAGCUGGGCUUUAAACUCACCGUGACAGAUGUGGUGGAUGCGACUGAAGACUUCAGCAACAAGUUCCUGCUGGGCCGAGGAGGCUUUGGCUCCGUUUACAGAGCCACACUGCAGGACGGCAGGUCCGUCGCGAUAAAGCGGCUGGCAUUGGGAAGCAGCCAGGGGCAGCGGGAAUUCGAAGCGGAAAUGAACACCCUCGGCAACGUCCGCCACCGCAACUUGGUAGUCCUGGUCGCCGCAUACCUCUCCCCGCCGCCCGCCCAAGAGCGCCUCUUAAUCUACGACUUCCUCCCGGGCGGCUCUCUAGACCAGGUCUUGGCACGCGAAAUGGGCAAGGACUCGCCGAUGCGGCGGUGGGCUGUAAGGAGGAACAUCUUAGAGGGUACGGCACGGGCCCUCAAAUACCUGCACCAGGACUGCACCCCAGGGAUCAUUCACCGAGAUAUGAAGCCCGCGAAUAUUCUCCUGGAUGAGAAUUUGGAAGCUAAGGUUGCGGAUUUUGGGCUGGCGAGGGAGGCGGAUGCGAGCCGGACUCAUAUGAGCACGAGUGUGUUUGGGACGGUGGGGUAUUUGUCGCCCGAGUACUCGCAGCGCGGGCGGCUGUCGUUUAAGAGCGAUGUGUUUGCGUUCGGAGUGCUGGUGCUGCAGGUGAUUACCGGGAAGCUUCCGACGGACAGUGACGUGGCGGAACGAGGGCUCGCCAGGUGGGUGGGGAUGCACACUGUAGCCUCCUUUGUGGACGAGAGGAUAGACGACGCGUUGCUGUAUGAGGACGAGAUCAUGGGCGUCGUCACGCUCGCCCUGCAGUGCACCCAGACAGUCCCCGCCGACCGCCCCUCCAUGCCUGAAGCCCUGGAG